AUGCGUUCCACUAUCAUCCUUGCUGCCGUGGCUGGCAUGGCCGCUGCGAAUCCCAUUGUCGCCCGCGACACAGCCGUACAGGACGGUAUCGACUUCGAUGUCUUCGAUGCCGUCCCCGAACCCACCAAGGUCGGCCCGGCCGUUGGUGCCGUCAGCGAAAAGGCGACCUAUAACGUUGCUUCCGCGUCGUCAGCUGCAGCUGCAGACGCUACCCAGAACCCCGUUUCGUCUGACUCGACUCUCGCGGCCCGCGACGCUGCCGUACGCGAUAACUCCGGAUGCAAAGCAAGGGAGCCCGCUGGCUCCGGACCUACGACAACCCCUGACACUUAUGAGGCAUUCAUGGCAAACACUGUCUAUGAUGACAUUGCCAACAACGCCCCUGUUCCUGAUGGAUAUAGUCUGGCUUUCUCUGAUCUGACGGCCUCCCUUCGUAACCCGUCUUACAUCAGUCUCAUCACCUUGAAAAGCUUCGACCCUUACCUGUGCCAGCAGCAAUGCGAUGCUGCUUCUUUCUGCUACGCCUUCAACCUCUACAUCGAGAGAGAUCCCUUCUACACCGAGAACUGGACCAACUGCCAGGACCCCAAGAGCACCGUCAACUACAAGUGCACACUUUAUGGCGCCAACGUGGACGACAGUAGUGCUAAGAACGAUGGGCAGUGGAGAGCCUACUUUCAUGUCGGCAUCAAGGGCUCCAAUGCCUACAACAAGCUCGCGCCGCCUCCGCAACAAGCAGGCUUCUCAGGACCCACCGCGCUUGGUGGCGCCAUCAACGCCCCCGGCAAUUACAUGGGAGCCAAAUACUACCCUGGUCCCUUCGACCCCAGCCAGUGCGCCGCUGCUUGUCUGGCGACUACCGCCUACGACAAGAAACACCCCAAGUCUGACGGCACUUACGAUGCCUGCAACUUCUUCAACGCCUACGUCCUUAGCAAGAACGGCGCCCCUCAGGGAACCUACUGCUCCAUGUACACUGUGGUUUGGGACAAGAAGUACAGCACCAACUACGGCCAGUACCGCGGCAGCGACCGCUACACUGUCUCGCAGAGCUAUGGCUACAGCCUCACCAACCAGGACAGUGGCAAGCUUUGA